ACCGGAAGUUGACGAACAACUUGCCCCGCUAGCUUACUGCUAGCUCAUUAGCUGUCGCCGACGUAGCGCAACAAUAUUUAAGGAUAAUGAGUUAUGCGGAGAAACCAGAGGACGUAACAAGAGAGGAAUGGAUGGAUAAGAUCAACAACGUUCACAUUCAAAGAGCCGAUAUGAACAGACUAAUAAUGAAUUAUUUAGUGACCGAGGGCUUUAAGGAAGCUGCAGAGAAGUUUCGAAUGGAGUCUGGAAUUGAGCCUUGUGUAGAUUUGGAUUCUCUUGAUGAACGGAUUAAGAUCAGGGAGAUGAUCCUGAAAGGGCAGAUCCAGGAUGCUAUUGCACUUCUUAACAACUUGCACCCAGAACUGCUGGACACCAAUCGUUAUCUUUACUUUCACCUGCAGCAACAACAUUUGAUAGAGCUCAUUCGUUUACGGGAGACUGAAGCGGCCCUUGAGUUUGCCCAGGCCCAGUUAGCAGAACAAGGCGAGGAGAGUCGAGAAUGCCUGACUGAAAUGGAAAGGACACUUGCACUUCUGGCAUUUGACAACCCAGAGGAAUCCCCUUUUGGAGAUCUGCUCAAUAUGAUGCAAAGACAAAAGGUAUGGAGUGAAGUAAAUCAGUCUGUGCUAGACUAUGAAAACAGAGAAUCCACUCCCAAACUCGCCAAACUCCUCAAGCUACUACUGUGGGCUCAAAAUGAGCUCGACCAAAAGAAAGUGAAGUAUCCCAAAAUGACAGACCUCAGCAAAGGCACCAUUGAAGACCUGAAAUAAGGAACCUUCACUGAACUACAGCAUUUGAGAUUGGACUGCUCUUUACUUAAUUUAUAUGUCAACAAACUUGCUCAUUUAGUACACCCUUUAGUUUUGUAAGGGUUGCUUUUUGAUACUUUCAUAACCCAGAAUGUUUGAAUUUGGAUAAAUGGUAUUCAGCAUAACACACAUAUCCAUGUUUUUAACUGUUGUUUUUACUCACAUUUAUGCAUUGAAAUAUUAUUUUUGUAUUUCUCAUUAUUGGUUCUGUUAAAUAUUUUUUCUGUCUAGUGACAGAGAAAGUUGGAAAAAGGAAGUUUGAAUGAAGCCUAAAUUAGGCUCUCACAUCUGACUGUUAUUGUGACUACUUGCAGGGGGCUUAUUAAUAACACCUGAAACAACACAUUACAUUUCUUUAAAACACCCACACUUCAACUAAUGUUCUGUCUUUGACAUAUUGCUGGUGUUGUUGAUCUGCUGUGAGUUUUAUAGGUAUGCAAAUUUUUAUUUUUGAUUAAUUUGCUGUUGGCUAUAUCAGCGCUGUUGAAGCUGGAUUUUGAAAACCUUUCACUGCAGUGUAAAUGCAACUCUUUCUUACUGUAAAAUAUAUUUAUUGUUGGAAAACAUGUGAACAGAACCUUGUACAACUCAAAUGUACAUAAACAGAAUUUUAAGAAACUUAACUUUAGGACUUCUGCCUAGUAUAUAUGAUCUGCUAUUUUUUCCCCUGUGUUAUUUUGCAAUUAAAGCGAGUCGUAACUGGUG